AUGGCAAACCAGGCCGGCACCAACGCUAAGGCGCAGGAACGCCUCUCUCAGGUUUCGGACCACAUCUCCUCCACUGGUUCAUCGCUCCCGCGCGGGAAGGCGGCGCUACUGGAGAAGCAUCCCGAUGAUAUCGUCAUCACCUGCGCCCUCCGCACCCCGAUCACCAAAGGCGGCAAGGGUGGCUUCAAGGACACGCAGGCGUCUGACCUGCUGGUCGGCGCCUUCAAGGCUCUGCUCGACCGCUCCAAGAUCGACCCCAAGCUCAUCGAGGACGUCGCCGUCGGCACCGUGCUCGCACCCGGCGGCGGCGCCACCGAGUUCCGCGCCGCUGCCAUCGCCGCCGGCUUCCCGCUCUCCGCUGGUGUCAAGGGCUUGAACCGCCAGUGCAGCUCCGGCCUGCAGGCAUGCGUGGACAUUGCGAAUGCAAUCAAGACGGGCAUGAUCGACGUUGGUGUGGGUGCGGGUGUCGAGAGUAUGAGUACGCAGUAUGGCCCUCAAGCCGUCAGCGAAUUCUCUGAGCUCCUCGACUCCGUCCCUGAGGCCAAGAACUGCAAGGUGGCCAUGGGCGUCCUUUCGGAGGCGAUGGCCAAGGACAAGGGCGUGCAACGGGCCAAGCAAGACGCCUUCGCCGCGAAGUCGUUCCAGAAGGCCGAGGCAGCGCAGAAGGCGGGCCUGUUCGACGAGGAGAUUGUGCCGCUGCACAACAUCCUGUGGCAGGACCCUAAGACGGACGAGGAGAAGCGCAUCACGGUGGCCAAAGACGACGGCAUCCGGCCGGGCAUGACGGCCGAGAGCCUGGGCAAGAUCCGCCCGGCCUUCGCAAAGGACGGCAGCAUCCACGCCGGCAACGCCUCGCAGGUCAGCGACGGCGCCGCCGCGGUGCUGCUCAUGAAGCGUAGCACGGCGCUCAAGCUCGGCCAGACCAUCCUGGGCAAGUUUGUGCAGGCGUCCGUCGUCGGCGUGCCGCCACUGCUCAUGGGCGUCGGUCCCGCCGCCGCCAUCCCCGUCGUGCUAGAGAAGACGGGCCUGAACAAGCAGGAGGUCGACAUCUACGAGAUCAACGAGGCCUUCGCCAGCCAGUGUGUCUACUGCAUCGAGGAGCUCGGCUUGGACGCCGAGAAGGUCAACCCCAAGGGCGGCGCCAUUGCCUUCGGUCACCCGCUCGGCUGCACAGGCGCCAGGCAGGUUAGCACCCUGCUGUACGAGCUGAGGAGAAGGAAGCAGCAGAUUGGUGUGACGAGCAUGUGCGUGGGUACCGGUAUGGGUAUGGCGGCCGUUUGGGUUGCCGAGUAA